AACACAACAGACGACAACAUCUUGUUGGAUUUUUAAAGACUUUUACAUCAACAACAAAUCGUUCUUUUUCACAACAAACAAUUAAAACAAUGGCCUCACUCGAUCAACAACAAUUAGUUUUCAUGGAAUCCGAAGACUGUAUUCUCGUUACAGAAAAUGAUGAAGAAAAGGGAAGAGCUUCCAAGAAGCAUUGUCAUAUCUGGACAAAUAUUGAUGCUACAGUUGGAGAUGACACUGUUCCUUGUCUUCAUAGAGCCUUCUCUGUCUUUUUAUUCAACUCUAAGGGACAAUUGUUGCUUCAACAAAGAGCCACUGAAAAGAUUACCUUCCCAGACUAUUGGACCAACACUUGUUGUUCACAUCCUCUCUUUAACUUGGAUUCUGAACGUGAAAUGAAGGGACAAAUGGGUGUUCGUAAUGCUGCUCAUAGAAAGCUUGAACACGAACUCGGAAUUCCACAAUCUGCUAUCGAUCCACAAAGAUUUAAUUAUUUGACUAGAAUUCUCUACAAGUCACCAAGUGGUAAUCCACAAGAUUCUCAAUGGGGUGAACAUGAAGUUGACUAUUGUUUGUUCUACGUUUUGAAUGCUGAAGAAGAUGCUCAAUUUGAUGAAUAUUUAAAGUCAAUGAAUUUGAAUGAAGUUCGUGCUGUCAAAUUUGUUGAUGCCAGUGAAUUGUUACACAUGUUGGAUGUUUUGAAUGAAGAAAAGAAGGAAAUUGAAAUUACUCCAUGGUUCAAAUUGAUUUGUAGAAGAUUCUUAUUCAAGUGGUGGGAUGCUCUUUUGGUUGGAAUGAAGAGUGGAGAUUUCUCUGCUUUGGAUGCCUUGAAAGAUUUUACCACUGUUCACAAAUUAAACUAAGCAAUUUUACAACUCUAUUUAAAAACUAAGCAAAUAAAUUAUCAAUUAUUUAAUUCAA